AGACGUGAAGAUUUCUUUUCGCGUGCAUGGGGCGACGGGUUUUUACAUAGCGGGGCUUGGGUUUUUUCGUAGCGAUGCGUGAUCCGUACGAGCAGCAUCCACGUCUCGGUUCCUCAUUCCGAUUCGUUUCCUCUGAUUUCUCCCCCAGCUCGUUCGCCUUCGCCCGACACGCCCGCCACGGAGCAGGGAGACGGCAGCAGCGGGAGGGCAAGCAGCGCGCUGAGGCGGGCCACGUCGCCGCCAUCGCAAUGGGCCCCUUGCCGUCGCCGAGAUCCACGAUCUCCUCCUCCCACGACGAAGACGGCCGCCACCAAGUUUCUCGUGCUAGGUCAGAUCGGUUCCUUCCAUGGCCCCGUCGCCCGCCUGCGUUCGUUUGUGAUUUCAGAUUUGAUGAAAAUUGAAUGGCUCUCGCCCAUGCGCGCGGCCCGUUCCCGAUCUGAUGCCCUCGUCACUAGCCCCGCCGUCAUCGGUUAUAAUAUACGAGGUGGAUUUGAGGCCCCCGUGGAUUCCGUUUUUACCCGCCGAUCUAGGUAUUGCGAUUCAGAUGAAGAAUUCUUCACUCAUACCUGUGGUCCCGCCCCAAACACUGGUCAUGGUGUACCUGUGCUGGAUGUAGACAGUAGACUAGUUGGUUUUUCUGAUUUCAACAUGCAAGGGCCAACUAAGUCUUUACCCAGGAUCACUUUCGAAAAAGAGUUGAACAAGAUUGUAAAUUCCAAGGACCUCAAGCAUUUUAAGCACCUCAUCUAUAUGGCUGGUUGGAACAUGGUCAGAGAUGUGAGGACCUCAAGCAUUUUAAGCACCUCAUCUAUAUGGCUGGUUGGAACAUGAUCAGAGAUGUGAGGUAUGUGACCACACAAAUUAUUUGUGUU